AGGCGUUUUUCUGUGUUACGGCAAGGACCGCUUGUCUGAGUCUGUGCAGGGCCUAGCUGGGGACCCCUAUCUGUGGUUGCAGCUUGAAGUGCAGCUGUCUCGUGUGGGCUCUGGUGCCGUGGAAGUGCACCUUACUCUAAAAAUACUGUAGUAUGAAAUAUGCCGUCUGGUAUGACGGUGUGCACUGGCGUGAGGUGUUUGGGGGCAAGAAGGAAUAACUGACUCAUGUCAGUCAGAUGGCCAGAGGCCUUUGCAUUGACGUGGAGCUUGAGCCCUUCCAAUCUGCCUCCUGUUCAGGGAAAGGUAAAAGUCUCUUGACAACCACGCAGGAAGGUGGAUUAUUUUUAAAACAAUGAGCAUGCGUCUCUAGACAUGAUUUGUGGUUCAGUCCAGCUGGAGCUGUCUGAAUGAAGCUAUGGGCUGUGCGUCAGCCAAGCAUGUUUCUACUGUUCAAAAUGAAGAGGAAACUCAGAAGGGGAAAAACUAUCAGAACGGCGAUGUGUUUGGUGAUGAGUAUAGGAUCAAACCAGUGGAAGAGGUCAAAUACAUGAAAAAUGGGGGAGAAGAUGAUCAGAAAAUAGCAGCCAGGAACCAAGAAAACUUGGAAAAAAGUGCCAGUUCAAAUGUAAGACUUAAAUCUAAUAAAGAGAUUCCAGGAUUAGUACAUCAACCCAGAGCAAACAUGCACAUCUCCGAAAGCCAACAAGAAUUCUUCAGAAUGCUUGAUGAAAAAAUUGAAAAGGGUCGUGAUUAUUGUUCAGAAGAGGAAGAUGUCACAUAGUGCCAAUUCUGCCAAUCAAACCAGGAAUACUACUGUGUAAAUAGAUUACAACCCAGUUGACACCUUUUGGAAGUCUUCUAGAGCGAACAGCACUACAUAACAGAAGAAGAUCAUUUCCACAUUAUAUGCUCCAUUCAGUUACAGUGUUUCUUAAUGAACAGAUGAGGAAUAUUGCUAAGAACUCGUAAGGAACUGUUUUUGUUGCUGCUAGUUAAAACUUGUUGCAACUUUUCACUUUCUCUGUGUCCAGAUACGCAGCAAAUCCUUAAAGUUAAUCUGAAAGACGUUGUUGAUUUUAUUAAGGCUUCUGGCCUGUUUUCUAUCUAAUAAGGUAGUGUUAUACAAAGCUUCCAUAAGUGAACAUUCAAGCAUCUGAGAACACCCUUAAGCUGUCUGUCAGUCCGCGUACGGGCUGGAGUGCUUAUUAAUGCUGGUGAUUUCAAGCUUUGGAGAUGGGAUGUUUUGCCAUGGCAGGCCUUGUUUCUCUGCUCAGAAGAAGGCUGAGAAACUAUUAUCCAUUAAAAGCAUGUUAUCACUGAAAUACUGGAAGUGAUGCAGGAGCGGGAAUUUGUAUUUUAAGAGGAAAAGAGUUUCAUUUAAUAGGUAUCUUAAUCAAGGACUAAGCUUGCAGUAUUGGCUUUGCUGAGCACGAAUGGGAGUGUGAUCACAAUCAUUUUGAAUCUCUUUUUUUCUAAGAAAAUAAACAUUUUACUGUUUUUAUGUA